GUGAUGGCGACGCUCCUGCAUGUGUCGCUCGAGAUCGAAGCGCGAUGGUGUAUCUUGCCUCUAUGGCUUCGCACGGCGCUGCUUCACCGGGCCGUGUACGACCCGUCGAUGCGUUCGCGGACUCGCGACUGCAUCCUCCUUGUGCACUACGCGCACCUCGUGGUGCACCGUCGGUUGUCCACCCAUCCAUGCGGUUGUCGGCACGCCCCGUCCCACCCCAAGUACUUUAGUGUUCUCCUGGAAUCGCGACAGACGACACCCCACGACCGACUCGACGUCGGCGCAUUGUGCUCCUCCAUGGGUGGCACAUGAGCCACAAGGAUUGGAAACAAACAGCGCUCAAGCUCCAUCGCGUUCAUGGCCACUCUGUCCUCCUCGUCGACUUUAUCGGCCACGGAUAUACGCCGUACCUUCCGUCGUACGACGAACACCUCCCUUCCGUCUUUGUCCACCAAGUCCGCGACGCGAUCGUCCGCGCCAACUGGCACGUCGAUCCCUCCAACAAACUCACGUUUGCCGGCAUCUCGAUGGGCGGUGCUGUGUCCCUGCGCUACGCUCAGCUGUUUCCAGCGCACGUGGACAGAGUCGUCCUGCUGUCGGCGGCUGGCAUGCCCGUCAACCGAUCGUACGCAAUCACACCCCACACCGGUCCGCUCACAUUUGGCCUUGUCCGCCAAGUGACCGCCCUCUGUCGGCGGUAUCCGUGGCUCCAGUACUGGAUCAAUGCGGUGCCGGUGCUGCACAAGGCAUUUAGCCACCUUCACUUAAUCCAGCACGCGCCAACACACCAAGUCGACGCCACAACGAUCGAUCGCAUCCUCGGUCGGUUCGUCACGGCCGCCGUCUGGGCCCAUGUCGACAUGCUCCUUCCGUUGCAGAUGGAACUGUUCCCAACGGACCACCCGCUGCACGUCCGCAUCGUGCCGUGGGUAAACCACGCCUUGUUUUGCCAAGUCAUCGACUUUCUCCAUCUAGACCAAGACAGCAACCUGUGGCCCACUGCACCUCCCGUGGCUACGUAAACGACCCAUCCAUGCUUCGAUCGCUCACGUCGCGCUGCUUGUGCCAAUGUUUUCCACGUUCUGCAUCACUCGUUCACAUGUAGACGGCGAAAUCCCUGGGACAUGCGUCGCGUUCGGAGUAGAGGUGCCGUGGUUGCCGAGAGGGGUCGGCUGCCACCACGACCGACGACAGCAUCGAGGCAAGAGCGCCAUGUCGCUGCUAGCUGUUGUCACCGUCCCCGAUGGGUUCUGCCGCGAAUGCAUGGACAUAGCGAGAUUAGAUGAGUGAGCCGUCAUGGCCAUCGACCGGGUCCAAGCACGCCAAAGCAGAGCGUCCGAUCACUUGGCCGCGAUGGAUUUGGCGACACGUCGUUGGCUCGCACGCAGCUUUAGCAUGGGAAAACCAC